AUGCUUCAGAAAUCUGAAGCAGAAUAUCUGGCCAGCUGGAAAAGUGAGAGCCGGCAGUGCCCAGAGGAGCCACAAGCCCCUCCAUCCAGAAGCGGCCACAGCGAGCUGGCAGCCUGCGGCACCGCCACAGGAGAGAGCUCCGAGCAGCGCCGGAGACCCCGCCAGAGGCUACGGCACAGACAGUGCAGUGACCCUGGCACAGCGGGGCUUCCCCAUCAGCGACCACACCUCAGCCAGCCCCUGGCCGGACCGCCCCGAAAAAUGGCCCAGAGCCGCGAGCACCCGCCGGAGGCUGCACGGGAGCCCCGGGUGCCGGACUGUCACGGCCCUCAGCACGGUACGGCACAAUGGAAAAUUAUCUGCCGUGGUCCACCAGCGUACGUGCCAAUACCGGACACCCAGGCCGGGCUGUUUCCCCGCGUUGGUCCCGACGGCAGCAGCCGUCCCGCUCCGGCGGUGACCGCUGCACGUGGGGACAGUCUGGCCGCCGGGGCACAGCCCGGACCCCGCGGCGCCUUCCCGCCGGACCCGUCGCCAGCGAAGCACCGCGUGCUGGGACGGCCCGGCCGCCGCACCCAGCCCGGAGCCGCGCUCCCGGCUCCGCACCGCGGCCCGGCCCGCGCUCGCUGCCCAAGGAGCCAGCCCCGCACGGGAGCAGCCCGGCGGCCCCGGGCCUGCACGCACGGGGCGGCUCCAGCGGCGGAGCUCCGGACGGCGGCGGCCGGGCUGGGGCCGGGGCGGGAGGCGGCCUGGCUGCCCUUCGGUCUCCCGCGGCGGCGGCUCCGGCUGCCCCCGCCGCAGCUCCGAGCGCGGCCUCCCGGCUCCCCGCUCGCUCCCGGGGACCGCCGGGCCCGCACACCCCCGCCAGCAGCGCCCUAA